UGCUCAAAAUCUCUAUAUAAGUAGCUACUUUCUUCAUGCCUUAAAACACUCACACCUUCUAAAUCAACAUUGUCUUUCAUUUCUCAUAAUUUUUUGCACUUCCAUUCUUACUACAUUUUGGUACGCAAAUUGAAUGGAGUCCAGUGGAGUUAGGAGAUGGGCAGCGGCGUGGGCCGUGGCGGCGAUGGUGCUGGCCGUGGCAGCGGAGCCCCAAGUUCCAUGCCUCUUUAUAUUUGGUGAUUCAUUGGUGGAUAAUGGCAACAACAACAACAUUCAGUCAUUGGCUAAGGCUAAUUACUUGCCUUACGGAAUCGAUUUUCCCAACGGCCCAACCGGCCGGUUUUCCAAUGGCAAAACCACGGUCGAUGUUGUGGCUGAAUUACUAGGCUUUGAUGACUACAUUCCGCCGUACGCCGCCGCCCGCGGCCAACAAAUACUCCGGGGAGUGAACUACGCGUCGGCUGCAGCCGGGAUUCGAUCAGAAACUGGCCGGCAAUUGGGUGGAAGAAUUGAUUUCACUGGACAAGUCAACAACUACCGGAACACCGUGCAACAGGUGGUGAACAUUCUGGGCGACCAAGCCUCCGCCGCGAAUUAUCUGAGCAAAUGCAUAUAUUCCGUCGGAUUGGGCAGCAACGACUACCUAAACAACUACUUCAUGCCCCUCUACUACUCCACCAGCCAGCGCUACUCGCCGCAGCAAUACGCCGACGUUUUGAUCCAACAGUAUACCCAACAGUUGACGAACCUCUACAACUACGGGGCGAGGAAGUUCGUACUGAUCGGGAUCGGGCAGAUCGGGUGCAGCCCGAACGCGCUGGCGCAGAACAGCGCCGACGGAUCGACGUGCGUGAAGCGGAUCAACGACGCCAACCAGAUAUUCAACACCAAGCUCAGGGGAUUGGUCGACACGCUCAAUCGGAACACACCCGCGGCCAAGUUCAUCUACAUCGACGCAUACGGAAUCUUCCAGGAUCUCAUCCAGAGCCCAUCCAGUUUCGGUUUCCGCGUGACAAACAGGGGGUGUUGCGGGGUUGGGAGGAACAACGGGCAGAUCACAUGCCUGCCGGGGCAGACUCCGUGCAGUAACAGAAACGAGUAUGUGUUUUGGGAUGCAUUCCACCCUACGGAGGCAGCGAAUACGAUCGUCGGGAGACGUUCGUAUAGUGCUCAGAAGGCAUCUGAUGCAUAUCCCUUCGAUAUUCGUCGCUUGGCGCAGCUAUGAAAAUGUGGAGGAAAUGAAGAUCAAAGAUCUACUCAUAUUUUGAUAAUACGUGUGCUUUUUCUGUUUGUUUUUUUUUUUUUUGUCUUCUUCUUUGGGUUGUGUUUUUGAGUUGCGAUUUCUUCUGCACUAGAGAGUGUUUUCGUGGUUGUGUUUUGGUAUUUUCUUGAAACGAUUGUGCUGAUUAUUAUGUUAUAGUUUUUGUGUAACUGUUUAUUAAGAUGGAAUUAAUGGGAAAAAAAAUUAACCAUCAUCUAAAUUAGUACU